AGAGGUCCCUAUACCAUGGCUCGUACAAAGCAGACUGCCCACAAAUCGACAGGUGGUAAAGCAUCGAGUAAGCAACUGGCUACCAAAGCCGCUCGCAAGAGUGCGCCCUCUACUGGAGGGGUGAAGAAACCUCAUCGUUACAGGCCUGGUACUGUGGCACUUCGUGAAAUUAGACGUUAUCAGAAGUCCACUGAACUUAUGAUCCGCAAACUUCCCUUCCAGCGUCUGGUGCGAGAAAUUGCUCAGGACUUCAAAACAGAUCUAUGCUUCCAGAGUGCAGCUAUUGGUGCUUUGCAGGAGGCAAGUGAAGCCUAUCUGGUUGGCCUUUUUAAAGACACCAACCUGUGUGUUAUCCAUGCCAAACGUGUAACAAUUAUGCCAAAAGACAUCCAGCUAGCACGCCGCAUACGUGGAGAACGUGCUUAAGAAUCCACUAUGAUGGGAAACAUUUCAUUCUUUAAAAAAAAAAAAAAUUCUCUUCUUCCUGUUAUUGGUAGUUCUGACCGUUAGAUAUUUUUUUUCCAUGGGGUCAAAAAGGUACCUAAGUAUAUGAUUGCAAGUGGAAAAUAGGGGACAGAAAUCAGAUAUUGGCCAUUUUUCCAUUUUCAUUUGUGUGUGAAUUUUUUAAAUAUAAAUGCGGGACAUAAAGCAUUAAUGCAAGUCAAGGUGUUUCAGUGAACAAGUUUCAGGCAGUUCAACUUUAUAACAAUAUAAAUAAACCUGUUAAAUUUUUCUGGACAAUGCCAGCAUUUGGAUUUUUUUAAAGCAAGUAAAUUUCUUAUUGAUGGCAACUAAA